AUGCCUCAGGACGGCGAGCAGCAGCCGUCCGCAUCACUUGGCUCUCCCAAGCGCAGCAGUGCGCUCCCGGCCUGGCCUGUGCUGGCGCUCGUGUGCGGGUUCACAGCGCUGCAGACGUUCAAGCCGUCGGAGCCGUACCUCGUGCCGUUCAUGCACUGCGUCAGAGGCGUGCCACGCAGCACCAUCGUCGACUCCAUCUUCCCGUUCUGGACCUAUGCCCAGCUGGCGCUGCUCCCGCUGCUCUCGGCCGGCUCGGAGCUGGUCGGCUACCGCGCUGUCGUCCUCGUCGGCAUGCUCGGCCGCCUGGCCACGCUCCUGCUCCUGCUCUACGGCGGCGACUCCGUCUUCCUCCUGCAGCUCUCGCAGGUCGCAAUCGCCGUCGGGUUUGCCGCCCAUCCGUCCCUCGUCGCCAUCCUCUUCCGCUCGCUGCCUUCCGAGUCGUACGCGCGCGCCGUCGGGCUCGUCGCGUCGGCGGGCGUCCUCUCGGAGGUGGCAGCCUCCUUCGUCGGCCAGAUGCUCGUCAACGCUGGCGCCCACCAGCCAGCUGCCACCAGCCCUUAUCCUCCCUCGCACCGCCGGCCCGCCACCGCCGGCCGCUCGCUGGUCGCCUCGUGCAGCAGCGGCGCACUCAAGUACUACGCGUGGCUCGCCGUCGCGACGGCAGUCCACCAUCUCGUCUUCACCUACUGGCAGGCGCCUCUCGCCCCCCUCCCAAAACCGAACGGCUGGGUGUCUGUCGCCGCCUCGCUGCUCGGAGGCUGCGCCGCGCUGCUGCCGCUCUGUUGCGAGCGGUGGCUCGACGAGCGGCGGUGCGCUCGGCUGCGCUCCGCCCUCGUCCUGGUCGCGCCGCUCCUGCUGUCGGCGCUCCUGUACGCCAUGGCGGUUGCCGGCGAGCGGCACGACGAGCGGCUCGCGGCCAGCUACGACGCCGCCUUCGUCGCCUACCACGUCUUGCACGAGCUCAUGCGCGUUGUGUGCGAUGCCGAGGGCGCGCGCUGCGCCCCCCGCUUCGCGCUCGUCGGCGGCAUCGCCACCACCGCCACCCUCGCGCUGCAGUCCCUCGCGCAGCUGCUCGGCUCGCGGCCCGGGCUCGGCUUGCCGCUGCACACGCAGUUCAAACUGCUGGCGGCCAUGCUCCUCGCGCUCUUCGCCGUGUGCCUCGGCGCCGCUUGCGUUGGCGCCGCGCGGACCGCCAGCGGCUGGCGGUGGUGCGACCACGGCCGCCGGUCCCGAUCGAGACGGGUCGCAUCGCCCACGGCAGCGGAUGCUCGCGAGACGCUAUUAGACUGA